CGGGCAACCCUAACCGGGCUUGCCGGCUCCUCUCCGGCCUUUCCUCGCGUCCCCCGGGGAGGACACUGCUGGGGCUGCCCGGACCCAGGGACCCUGCCCUCGGCCACGGGAGACAGCCCGCCAGACCACCUGUUACACUUCGCCAAGGGAAGGUCGGCAGGAGAAGAGGGCGGAAGUGCUUCUUCCUUGACGCCCAGCCACCCGUCCGCGCCCGCCUCCACGGCCGCCCACCAGGAAGAGGUCUGCGGGGCGUCCGGGGCCCCAGGACAGCGCCUUCCUGCACCCCGCCACUCCCCGCCCCCCGGGGGCCUGGUCCCAGCGUUUGCCCCAGCAUGAGGCGCCCUGUGGGCUCUCCUCAGCCCCGCUGCUGCUGAGGCCGCCCUGGAGAGGCCUGCGGGGGGCCCAUGCCCAUGCGCACCCGGGCCUGGGGGCCCGGCGCCUGCCGAGGCUAGGAGGGGCCCCCCAACUUCAUGGGCCUCUAGGGGUCUCCACGAUGCCCGGGAAGAGAGGCGGAGGCUGGUGGUGGGCCCCGCUGCCCCUCUGCCUGGUCCUCAGCCUGUCUGGCCUCUGGGUGCCCUCGUCCCUGGGCAAGCCCAAGGGCCACCCGCACAUGAACUCCAUCCGCAUCGACGGGGACAUCACGCUGGGCGGCCUGUUCCCCGUGCACGGCCGGGGCUCUGAGGGCAAGGCCUGCGGGGAGCUUAAGAAGGAGAAGGGCAUCCACCGGCUGGAGGCCAUGCUCUUCGCCCUGGACCGCAUCAACAACGACCCCGACCUGCUGCCCAACAUCACACUGGGCGCCCGCAUCCUGGACACCUGCUCCCGGGACACCCACGCCCUGGAGCAGUCGCUGACCUUCGUGCAGGCGCUCAUCGAGAAGGACGGCACGGAGGUGCGCUGUGGCAGCGGCGGCCCGCCCAUCAUCACCAAGCCCGAGCGCGUGGUGGGGGUCAUCGGGGCCUCCGGGAGCUCCGUCUCCAUCAUGGUGGCCAACAUCCUCCGCCUCUUCAAGAUCCCCCAGAUCAGCUACGCCUCCACGGCCCCCGACCUGAGCGACAACAGCCGCUACGACUUCUUCUCCCGCGUGGUGCCCUCGGACACAUACCAGGCCCAGGCCAUGGUGGACAUCGUCCGCGCCCUCAAGUGGAACUACGUGUCCACGCUGGCCUCGGAGGGCAGCUACGGCGAGAGUGGCGUGGAGGCCUUCAUCCAGAAGUCUCGCGAGGACGGCGGCGUGUGCAUUGCCCAGUCCGUGAAGAUCCCGCGGGAGCCCAAGCCUGGGGAGUUCGACAAGCUCAUCCGGCGCCUCCUGGAGACCUCGAACGCCAGGGCCGUGGUCAUCUUCGCCAACGAGGAUGAUAUCAGGCGCGUGCUGGAGGCGGCGCGCAAGGCCAACCAGACGGGGCACUUCUUCUGGAUGGGCUCGGACAGCUGGGGCUCCAAGAGCGCCCCGGUGCUGCACCUGGAAGAGGUGGCCGAGGGUGCCGUCACCAUCCUCCCCAAGAGGAUGUCAGUGCGAGGCUUCGACCGCUACUUCUCCAGCCGCACGCUGGACAACAACCGGCGCAACAUCUGGUUCGCCGAGUUCUGGGAGGACAACUUCCACUGCAAGCUGAGCCGCCACGCGCUCAAGAAGGGCAGCCACCUGAAGAAGUGCACCAACCGCGAGCGCAUCGGGCAGGACUCGGCCUACGAGCAGGAGGGGAAGGUGCAGUUCGUGAUCGACGCCGUGUACGCCAUGGGCCACGCGCUGCACGCCAUGCACCGCGACCUGUGUCCGGGCCGCGUGGGGCUGUGCCCGCGCAUGGACCCCGUGGACGGCACGCAGCUGCUCAAGUACAUCCGCAGCGUCAACUUCUCAGGCAUCGCGGGGAACCCCGUGACUUUCAAUGAGAACGGAGACGCACCUGGGCGCUACGACAUUUACCAGUACCAGCUGCGCAACGGCUCUGCCGAGUACAAGGUCAUCGGCUCCUGGACAGACCAGCUGCACCUCCGGAUGGAGCGGAUGCGCUGGCCGGGGAGCGGGCAGCAGCCACCCCGCUCCAUCUGCAGCUCGCCCUGCCAGCCGGGCGAGCGGAAGAAGACCGUGAAGGGCAUGUCCUGCUGCUGGCACUGCGAGCCCUGCACCGGGUACCAGUACCAGGCCGACCGCUACACCUGCAAGACGUGCCCCUACGACAUGCGGCCCACCGAGAACCGCACGGGCUGCCGGCCCAUCCCCAUCAUCAAGCUCGAGUGGGGCUCGCCCUGGGCCGUGCUGCCCCUCUUCCUGGCCGUGGUGGGCAUUGCCGCCACCCUCUUCGUGGUGGUCACCUUCGUGCGCUACAACGACACGCCCAUUGUCAAGGCCUCGGGCCGCGAGCUGAGCUACGUGCUGCUGGCCGGCAUCUUCCUGUGCUACGCCACCACCUUCCUCAUGAUCGCAGAGCCUGACCUGGGCACCUGCUCGCUGCGCCGCAUCUUCCUGGGGCUGGGCAUGAGCAUCAGCUACGCGGCCCUGCUCACCAAGACCAACCGCAUCUACCGCAUCUUUGAGCAGGGCAAGCGGUCGGUGAGCGCCCCGCGCUUCAUCAGUCCCGCCUCGCAGCUGGCCAUCACCUUCAGCCUCAUCUCGCUGCAGCUGCUCGGCAUCUGCGUGUGGUUCGUGGUGGACCCGUCCCACUCGGUGGUGGACUUCCAGGACCAGCGGACGCUCGACCCGCGCUUCGCCCGGGGGGUGCUCAAGUGCGACAUCUCGGACCUGUCGCUCAUCUGCCUGCUGGGCUACAGCAUGUUGCUCAUGGUCACGUGCACCGUGUACGCCAUCAAGACGCGCGGCGUGCCCGAGACCUUCAACGAGGCCAAGCCCAUCGGCUUCACCAUGUACACCACCUGCAUCGUCUGGCUCGCCUUCAUCCCCAUCUUCUUCGGCACCUCGCAGUCGGCCGACAAACUGUACAUCCAGACAACGACGCUGACGGUCUCGGUGAGUCUGAGCGCCUCGGUGUCCCUGGGGAUGCUCUACAUGCCCAAGGUCUACAUCAUCCUCUUCCAUCCGGAGCAGAACGUGCCCAAGCGCAAACGCAGCCUCAAGGCCGUCGUCACCGCCGCCACCAUGUCCAACAAGUUCACGCAGAAGGGCAGCUUCCGGCCCAACGGGGAGGCCAAGUCGGAGCUCUGCGAGAAUCUGGAGGCCCCGGCGCUGGCCACCAAGCAGACCUACGUCACCUACACCAACCAUGCAAUCUAGCCGGGAGAGGCGGAGCCUGGACGGUGCAUGGAGGGGGGCCGGCGGGCGGCCUGCUGCCCGGUGCCUGCCACUGGCCUGGUGCUGCGGACAGCAGGGCCCCAGGCGAUCCUGCUGGUCCGGCAGGAGAAGGAAGGGCCAGGCUGCUUCAGAUCCCCCAAAGCCUGCGUCUUGGACCCCUGCCCCUUCCGGCCCCAAACCACACGGGCUGACUCUGGGGCCCGGGCUGGCUUCCUCUCACUGUCCCUUUGUCCCUGCCUGUCCCCUGGUUGCCCCGUCAGUCUGUUUCCAUCCUUGUCUUGCUUUUGUCUUUGUUCUUUGGACCAUCAUUUCUCCGUCUCUGUCUGUUCCUCCGGCAUUUCCUCCUGGGGCCCCUCUGGGUCCCGCCUCUGGUGCAUUUUCCUUUCCUGUCUUCUGCCCGGUCCUCGCCCUCCCGGGCACCCGGCCUGGGCUCUCCCCUCUCUGCCAGUCUCUGCUCACUCACUGAACCUCACAUGUUGCAAAAGAGGAGAAAAAAAGAAAAAAGAAAAAAAGAAAAAAAAAUCACCCCCCCCCACAAAAAAGCUCAAACGAACAAAUCUUAAGUGUGUUGCGAAGUGCCGCGUCCUCCUGGUGGUCUGUGUGUGUCCCCGCGGCCCGCAGCCCUGCCUGCCUGCCCGCCUGCCAGCCUGCCCCUCCCUCCUGCCGACGACUCGGAGUUCAGUGCCUGGGUGUUUGGUGACGGUUCUUGAUGACAAUGUGUAGCGCAUGAUUGUUUUUAUACCGAGAACAUUUCUAAUAAAAAUGGUUUUGCACCCUG